GCCCCGGGUCUCUCACCUCCCACACCGUGUAGUGGGAUGGUGCGCGCUCUCGCGGUCAAGUGAUUCACUUUCGAUCAAACUGUGGCUUCACACUGAGUGAAGAUGGCGAUGAGAGCAGCUCUGCGGUGCCUGUCUGCAAACUUUUCGCCCAGACUGCCUCAGCUCUCGCAGGUUUCAGCGACUCGGCUGCAGUGGAGAAGCGGCUCCCCGCGGACGCUGAGCACGUCCUCGGUCCUGUCUGCAGCAUUAAAGUUCACAGAUAAGCACGAGUGGGUGCAAGUGGAGGGUGGUGUUGGCAUUGUUGGUAUCAGCAAUUAUGCCCAGGAAGCAUUAGGUGAUGUGGUAUACUGUGGACUCCCUGAAGUCGGCCAAAGACUUGAACAAAUGGAUGAGUUUGGUGCACUGGAAAGUGUAAAGGCUGCCAGCGAGCUGUACUCACCAUUAACAGGAGAGGUGACUGAAAUCAACACAGAGCUGGCAGAAAAUCCUGGACUUGUGAACAAAGAUUGCUAUGCAAAGGGAUGGAUAAUCAAGAUGACCAUCGAAAAGCCCGAAGAACUUGAUGGCCUCAUGGAUCAAGCUGCAUAUGAUAAAUUUGUCACAUCACUUGAAUAAAAUUAUAAACUCAUUUUGCUUUGUAAUUUAAUCACAGUCAAAGAUUAGUCCCUGCAAGGUUACUAACAUGUAGUGUGUCACACUUAUUCAUCUGUGGUAUUUAUUCUAGUACCGGAAUUGUGUCCUCAAACUAAAAUACUCGACUACAAAUGCUCAGUAACAGCUUCCACUUAGAAAGUUCCUUUUUGUUAAGCAACUAGCACAUCUAAAGGGCUCUUAAUCUCAAGAUCUGUCCAUAUUAUUGGGUCUUGUUUGUGGUGCUUUGCUCCAUUACCAAUAUACAGAUGUGUUAAACAACUUGAACGUGCUGUUUCAAAUCCAUUUAAUAAAAUGUGGGCAUUUU